CUUUUUUAUUACUUCAACAUGGCCAGUGCUUCAUCGUCUUCUCAUGGUCUUUCUAUGGAUUGGAAUGAUAGUCAUCGCCUUUUUAUUCAAUCCAUGUUAUCACAUCAUAUACUAUUAGAAUCCAAAGCUAUUGCCAUUCAAGAAAAAGUAUGCGAACUAGCUGAAGUGCCACUGACUGAUUUUGCUGCAUUUGUAGGUUUGAUCAACCACAGGAUCAAUGAAUUUGAUUUUGCAUUACGUCGAUCUCAUCACCAACAUAACGGCGAGCCUGUACUUGCAUUGAUCAACACUAAACAAGACGAUAUGGCUCGAAUGGCUACUAACUAUGAUCCAACACAAAUAGCUUAUUUACGAAAACUGAUAGAAAUGAUUGUGAUGGCAGACGAUGAGGAAUUUGCAGUACGAUCACUGGUAGCGAUUCCUUUAGGUCCACGUACAGCGACAUCAUUGACAUCCAAAAGUACAGAAGAUUUAUUAGAUCAAUUGGUAAAGGAUGGAUGGAUUAUGGAAAUGGGUGGUGCUUAUACGAUGACUACACGGACUAUUCUGGAAUUGACUGAUUAUCUUCACGAACAAUAUGGUGAUGCAAUUAAGGAAUGUAGCUUAUGUUCAGAUUUAAUCAUCAUGGGUGAACGAUGUGAGAAUGGUUCUUGUAACGUACGCUUACAUCAUCAUUGUGCACAACAACUCUUUGUCGUCAAUAAACAAAGUCUCACUUGUCCUACUUGCUCCACUGCUUGGUCUCGUUUGAAUACUUUUGGAUUAGGUGCCUCUUAGGUCUUUUUUUUUUUUUAUAUUCAUCUUGUUCUAUAUAUCCCCUUUGUUUUAGUCUAGUUAUAUUUUUUGUAUUGAAUAGAAUAAAUUUUUUUCCUUUUUUUUUAUAUUUGUUUGCCUUUAGUACUACCAAACGCGGACUGAACAUUGAUUGAUGCAUGAAACGUGUACUUUUUUUUUUUUAGUCGAUUUGAAAAGGGGGGCGUGAAAUUAAAAUGUCUUUUCUCCUUUUUUC